GCCAUCGCAGUCCUUCUCCACGACUUAGAUGUCGUUUUCAUGAUGAUUGACUCCUUCGAGUCGAAAGUUCCAUUAUUGCCAGCGACGUUCCGGAGGAACUACAAGAUCGAGCGCAUCGACAACAACAUCGGUGCAUUUCUGGAUGUCGAGCUGAAUGUCCGCCGUUUGAACGAGGUUCACGAAUGGCUCUGGCUGGUGGGUCUGCCAACCGCGCCGCGGCCUCUUCAUUAUCAGGUGGUGAAGAAAAGAGAGAUUAUUGUGACGGAGCAGUUGGACCUGCACCUUGUUUGGUCGUCGGCGCCUUCGUCGUUGAUUCUUCUCAAACCGCUGCCUCGCUUCCUCUUUUGCCCAGACUUCUGGACUGAGCAGAUUUGCCCACGUCGGCACCUGUACGAGACUGCACUGGGAUUUUUACUGUCGUAUGUCGCGCUCAUCGAAAGAGAAGUCGACUACAACUUGGCCAUCUACCAUGGUCUCAUUCCCAAGGAAAUUACUUGGUCUGCGUGGCUGACACUCGUUGACGAGGUCGUUCGCGCCUCUGUACAGGUGCACACGAUCGAUGCGUCGACUACAUCGUCUGUAGAUUCCCUCGAAGCGCGUCCGGUCGUGAACCAGCGCUUCAACUACGGGGAGUUGCGCCUCGGGCGGCUGAACUGGAUAUACCGCCUGACCAUGGGCAAGUUUCGCGGGUACCUUAGUGGCUGCACAACGUACGGGGCUUUCAUGCGUGACAACGUCAACAGUCUCAUCACGCUAUUCGCAUACACUACCAUUGUGCUCUCCGCGAUGCAGGUCGGCCUUGCGACAGAGCCUCUUGCAAACGACUACUCCUUCGGCAUGGCUUCAUAUGUUUUCUCGAUCUUUUCUAUCCUGGCACCAUUAGCAUGCAUCGUAGCGAUACUGGGCGUCAUAGCCACGAUGUUCCUCAUCAAUCUGGUGCAUACGCUGACGAUUCGGGGAAAGAAGCGGCGUCAAGGUGUCAAAGUGUGA